AUGGCGGACCACAUCCUGGAGGUCGCUGAGACCAUCCAGUCUGCCUCUAUUGUCUCGAACCCGUCUGCUGCCCACGACAUCAACCCGGCCACCGCAGCCUCAGAAAAGCAACCUGUCGUCGCAGCCCCGGCUUCCGAUGCUGGCAGCCUCUCGUCGGACAUUGUCGACCCAAGCCGGGUCAUUCGACCCAUCCGUCGGCGCCACACGCUUCCCCCUCUGCCCGAUCUGCGCUUUGAACAGAGCUAUCUGGCUAGUUUGAAGGAUGCCGACACCUGGGGACGGGUGACGUGGAUUACCGUUAGGGACCAGGUCCUCCUCCCUCUGAUUCAAGGCACAGUUUGGACACUCGCGCUCGCCGGGUGGCGGUUCUGGAACCGCAGUGCCUCGCUCAGUGGACAUACCCUCGGAAGCAGGAUCCGCAGGUGGUGGUAUGAGGUCAACAACUGGAAGCUGCCGCCUCUUGGUUGGACCAAGGAUUCAAAGCUGGCCUCGCAGGUUGAAGAUUUCUUGCAGUUCUACAAAGCCCAGUUUUCUAACGCUGGUUCUGACUGA